CCUGACCUGAUGGCGGAUGCACUGCUUAGUGCCACUGUACAAGUUGCACUGGAGACGGCAAUAAACUUGGCUUCAGUACAUAUUAGCUCGAUUCCGGGCAUCAAGAAUGAUUUUGAGAAGCUGAAGGAUACGUUGACUGUGAUCCUGGAUGUCCUUCGUGACGCAGAGGAACGACAGGUGACUGAAGAGGCCACGAGGCUUUGGCUGGAGGAGCUUGAACGUGUCGCUUUCGAUGCCGAAAAUUUUCUGGAUGACUUCAACUUUGAAGUGAAUCGGCGCAGGAUCGAGAUCCAAAACCAAACGAAGAGGAAGGUGCCACUCACUGGAGUCGAUCUCAAUCCCUUGGGGACACCCGUACCUCAAUGCCUUGCGAAAAUUAAGGAUUUUUAUGUGCAGUAAGUUAGCCCAUUUGUCCAU